CGGGGGGACCGGGGCGAAGUUGGGCCUGGGGUCCCGGUCGGAGCUGGUACCCGGGGGCUGCACCGCCGGGACCGGGCUCCCCAGGCCGUGGGGAAGAUGACGGCGGAGCAAGGUUACUGGAACAGCCUGACUCCCCUGCAGAAAGUGGCGGUGGUCCUGGGGAUCCCAGCCAGCGCCACUGUCCUCUACAUCCUGUACCGCAGGUACCGGGAGAGCCGAGAGGAGCGGCUGACCUUCGUGGGAGAUGAGGAGCUGGAAAUCCAGAUGCGAGUACCCCGGGCAGCCAUGAAAUCCAUCAUCGGCCGGAAGGGAGCCACAAUCAAAAAGCUAAGGCAAGAGACGGGGGCUUGCAUUGAGGUGGAGAGAGAGGACGAGGGUGAGGAGACAGUGCUGCUGAUCUCGGGCUCCCCCAGCCAAGUCUGCCGGGCGAAAGCCACCAUCCACCAGAUAGUGAUGGAGAGCACCCUGGUGUCGGAGCAGCUCUGCGUGCCCCAGAGAGCCGUCGGCAGGAUUAUCGGCCGGGGCGGCGAGACAGUGCGGGGCAUCUGCCGCAGCUCGGGGGCCAAAGUGCUCUGCGAGCACGAGGCUGACGCCGGCCUGGCCCCGGUCAGGGUCAUCCAGCUUUCGGGGACGCGGAAGGAGGUGGCAGCCGCCAAGGAACUCAUCAUGAAGAAGCUGAUGGAAGACGACGUCUUCCGGAAGGAGCUGGCCCAGUCAACGGCGAUGCGGUGCCAGCGCAAGCAGCCCCUGGGCAGCCGGCAGGAGCAGGAGCUGCUCCCUGCCAGGACGCUGGAGCACAGGGAAGAGGAUGGGGGGUCAUUCUGGGCUGACGGCUCGCUCCUGGGCCAGGCUGCCUUUGAGGAGGUGGAGGAGCUGGAAGAUGAGAGUGAGGAGCUGGAGAAGCUGGCGGCGGGGACUGACACAGCAGUACCAAAAUUUGAAGUUCCCAGUCCUGAUUUUAGCUUCCACGCCGAUGAGCACCUGGAAGUUUAUGUCUCAGCCACGGAAAACCCCAGCCACUUCUGGAUCCAGAUCAUCGGCCAGCGCAGCCUGCAGCUGGACAAACUGACCACCGAGAUGCGGCAGUACUACCGGAGCAGUGGCCACACGCUCUCGACCAUCCAAGCGGGGGACAUCGUGGCUGCUCCCUACGUGGAUGGCAGCAACUGGUACCGAGCCCGUGUCCUGGGCACGCUGGAGAAUGGCAACUUUGACCUUUACUAUGUGGAUUUUGGGGACAAUGGAGAGGCCCCCCGUGAGGCUCUGCGAGCCCUGCGGAGCGACUUCCUGAGCCUGCCCUUCCAAGCCAUUGAGUGCAGCCUAGCUGGGAUCCUGCCCGCCGGGGCCGAGUGGGAAGAGGCAGCCCUGGAUGCCUUUGACCGGCUCACCCACUGUGCCAUGUGGAAACCGCUGCUGGCAAAGAUUUCCAGCUAUGUCCCCUCCGGGCUUGGUGCCCGGCCCAACAUCCGGCUCUACGGCCUCCACCAUGGGGAGAACCUUGAUGUGGGAGCAGAGCUGGUGCGGCUGGGCUACGCCGUCCCCUGUCCCCAGGAGGAAGAAGAGGAGAGCGCCAGGCCACCGAAGGAAGCCAUGGCCAAGACGCCGGAGAACGUCACCUGUGGCUCCCUUGCCAGCCUCACCUCAGAGCCCCUGACCUCUCCAGCUGUGACCCCCCUGGCCCCAGCUGGCCUCAGCCCUUCGGAUGACCCCUCCAGCAGCAGCGAGGACUUCCGCAUGACGGAGGGCAGCGCCCGGUGA